GCGGGGGGCGGGGCUCGGGGCGGGAAGGGGCGGGGUCGGCGGGGUGAUGGCUCCGGUUGUCGCCGCCGCCACCGCCUCAGCAGCAGGAACCGAAGUCGCCGCCGCCGUCGUCCGGGUCGCCGGCCGCCCGCGCGCCGCCUCGGCCGGGGCCCGCAGCCAUGGAGGAUUUCAUCGUGAUCUCGGACGACAGCGGCUCCGAGAGCUCCGGGGGGGCCCGCUCGGGCAGGGCGCGGAGGCUCCGCCGGGCCCUGUCCCGAACCCCCGGCGCUCUGCCCCGCCGGACCGUGGACUUCAUUGACUUAACCAGAGAAACCAGACCAAGGGCAAAGGAUCGCAAUGGACUCUGUGUGAUUGACCUGACAAGAACUGAAGAAGAAAAUAGACCUAUUGCCACUCUUGACUUGACCCUAGAACCUGUUGCUCCUUCCCAGAAGGAGCCAGCCAGUCUUCAGACAUGUGCCAGCCUCUCCAGCAAAGAGGUGAUGGAAGGGCGGGUAGACAGAAGCUCUCGGCCUGCAGCACGGAGAAUCAUUAACAGCGAUCCUGUGGAUUUGGACCUUUUGGAAGAAACCGCAUUUGAAGGUCCACAACCUCCUACAUCCGUCAGUGGGGACUCUAUUUAUGCAGCAGAGCCAAAUUGCAGCUCAACUGCAUUCAAAGGUGACCUUGGCUUCUUGGCAAGCCUACAGCUAUCUUCAGAUGUUCACUCCCGUUCCCCAACAAGCAAUAAUGGUAGCAGCAGCAAUCAGAGGGCACCCUUGCCAACCCCACAGCAAGAUGUGCCUUGCCCACCACAAGCCUUGCCAUGCCCACUGCGAGCCUUGCCAUGCCCACUGCGAGCCUCGCCCUGUCCACCACGAGCCUCCUCGUGCCCACCACGAGCCUUGUCAUGCCCACCACAAACCAUGCAGUGCCAACUACAAGCUUUGCCUCACCCGCCUCAAGAAGUUCCAUGCCCUCCUCAAGAGAUGCCAUGCCCUCAGCAGAAUGUGCCAAGCCCACCUCAAGACUCAUCGUGGCGACCUCAGUACUCACCCAGCCCACCUCAAGACUCACUGUGCCCACCUCAAGACUCUCUGGGCCUACCUCAAGAUGUACCAGGCCCACCUCAAAACAUAUCAUAUCCACAAGAUGUGGCACACUUACGGGAUAUGCCACAGUCACUGGGAGAUGUGCCACAGUCAUCAAGAGACACACCACAGUCGCCAGAAGACGUGCCACGGUCACCAAGACAUGUGCCACAGUCACCAGUAAGCACGUCACAGUCACCAUCAGACAUGCCACAGUCACCAGCAGAUGCGCCACAGUCACCAGAAAGCGUGCCACGUUCACCUGGAGAAGUCCCACACUUCCCAGGAGAUAUGUUCCGUUCAGCUGGAGACGUGCCUUGCUUGCCAGGAGACAUGCUACGCUCACUUGGAGAUUUGCCUCACUUACGACAAGACUGGCCUGACCCUCCCCAAAAUGAUAUACAGAACCAUGACAUCCCUAUGGAUGUCUCAGCUCCAUCUUCUCCAAGGUCCUCUCCCAGUCCACAGUCUCCACAGUUUGAAACUUCCUUAGAGAAAGUUCCUUGGCUCUCUGCUACAGAAACACCAGCUAGAAAAGAGAGAUCACUGUCAGAGCCUGCUAACCCCGAGUCUGCCCAGGUACAAGCACGAACACCACAAGGUGGGUUAUACAGCAGACCAUGCCUGCAUAGACUGAAGUACUUCUUACGACCUCCAGUGCAUCACCUCUUCUUCCAGACACUAAUACCAGAUAAAGACACAAGAGAGAGUAAAAGUCAAAAACUAGAACCCAUUCCUCAUCGAAGACUAAGAAUGGUAACAAACACCAUUGAAGAAAAUUUUCCCCUGGGGACGGUGCAGUUUUUGAUGGACUUUGUGUCACCCCAGCAUUACCCACCCAGAGAAAUUGUGGCUCACAUCAUCCAGAAAAUCCUGCUCAGUGGCUCUGAGACCGUGGAUGUACUGAAGGAGGCCUAUAUGCUUCUCAUGAAAAUUCAACAGUAUGAACCUUUGAUGCUACAUCCAGCUAAUGCCAAGACAGUGGAGUGGGACUGGAAGCUGCUCACUUAUGUCAUGGAGGAAGAGGGGCAAAAUCUGCCUGGGAGAGUCCUUUUUCUGCGUUAUGUGGUACAGACCCUGGAAGAUGACUUCCAGCAGAUCCUGAGGAGGCAACGACAGCACCUGCAGCAGUCCAUUGCAAGCACUGUGCUGUCCUGUGACAAGCAGCCCCACAAUGUCAGGGAUGUUAUCAAGUGGUUGGUCAAAGUAGUGACUGAAGACGGAUUAACUCAACCCACAAAUGGAAAUCAAACCUCUUCAGGAACAGGAAUCUUGAAGGCCACCAGUAGCCAUCCUUCUCCCCAGCCUAACCUGACAAAGAACACCAAUCAGCUGAUUGUGUGUCAGCUGCAAAGGAUGCUGUCUAUAGCCGUAGAGGUAGACAGGACCCCCACCUGCAGCUCCAAUAAAAUUGCUGAGAUGAUGUUUGGAUUUGUGCUGGACAUUCCUGAGAGGAGUCAGAGAGAGAUGUUCUUCACUACGAUGGAGAGCCACCUUCUGCGCUGCAAAGUGUUAGAAAUCAUAUUCCUUCACAGCUGCGAGACUCCCACCCGCCUGCCCUUGUCUCUGGCCCAGGCCCUCUACUUUCUGAACAAUUCCACAUCACUGCUCAAGUGCCAGUCGGAUAAAACCCAGUGGCAGACGUGGGAUGAACUGGUUGAGCAUCUGCAGUUUCUGUUAUCCAGUUAUCAACAUGUUUUAAGAGAGCACUUACGGAGUUCAGUGAUUGAUCGAAAAGACUUAAUCAUCAAAAGGAUUAAGCCCAAGCCCCAGCAGGGGGAUGACAUCACGGUGGUGGACGUGGAGAAGCAGAUCGAGGCCUUCCGCAGCCGCCUGGUCCAGAUGCUGGGGGAGCCGCUCGUGCCGCAGCUCCAAGACAAGGUGCACUUGUUGAAGCUCCUGCUCUUCUAUGCCGCCGACUUGAACCCCGAUGCAGAGCCUCCUCCCAAGAACUGGAGCAGCCCCUGAGGUCCUUCUAAGCACUGAACACCAAGAAUACCUCCCGAACUCUAUCUCCAACUACUUGGAAGUUCUAAAAGUAUCUGAAGUAGUGAAAAAUCUUAGAGGACCAAACCUAUCUAUUUAUCUGUAGGUUAUAAUGACUUUCUAACUCUUUAGUAAAUAUCUUUUUUUUGAUAUCCUAUCCUAGCCUGUUCUCGAAUAUGGCUUAAAUAUACAAGGUGUAUAUAUUUUUUAAUAAAUUAUUUAUACCUUUUUUGAAACAGGUAAUACUAUAUGCACUAUGUGUUUACCAUUUCCACUCAAUAUGUGAAAAAAGAAUCCCUCUGCUGAACAAAUUCUGGACAUCAACGUAUGUCAUUCAAGGUACUGAUAACCUGUUUCGAAAGAGAAAGAUCUACUCAUUUCUCCCUGAUGGAACACAAACAUCCUAUUUUAGAGCUGUUAUGUUGCCUAUGAAUUUGACUUUGUGGCCAGUCUGUUAAGAUCUAAUGUACUGGGGGGGGGGGGGGGGGGGGGGGGGGGCAGCAGAAACAAAAGGAUUGAAUGUGUUACAAAUAAUUUGAUGUUAAAAGGAUCCAAUAAAAAGGCACUGGUUUUUCAAAAGAGCAAGUUUACCAUGCUUAGGUUCUAUGACUGCGAGUAGGCAGAAUGUAAUAACAACUCUCAAAAGGACCAAAAAAAACCAAAAACAAACAAACAAAAAAGCUAUCCACGUUUGAGAAAGCACUAAGGAUUUUUAUUGUCGAAACAAAUAAGAAAUACAAGCAUACAGAACAGAAGACACAAAUAAAUUAAUUAUUCUGAUCAUUUUAGACUCCAGGGCUUCUCUAUGGAAAGGUCAGCCCAGGUCCUUAUGGAGACAGGACACUAUCCAAAAUAAAACAAAACAGUGGGAAUUUGAGACUGUGUUUAGAACAAUGACUGAACAUAUACAUGGUGAGAGGAAAAAUAAAUGUUCCUCAGUAACUUACAUAUUUAUAAAAGUAUGCAGCUCUUUGUGGGGGACAAUGAUUUCAUAUAGAAAAUUUUUAAAUUCUUCUACCUCCCAGAAAAAAAAAAAGUUUU